AUGUCAAAUUUAAAUUUAAAAGUAAAAACAAAAACGGGACAAUUAGUGGUUAAAGAAUUAUCAAAGUUUAAUACAAUUCAUGAUUUAAAAGUGCAAUUAUCACAAAGAUGCAAAAUAUCUUGUAAUGCUUUACACAUAUUAUCUGGGUUUCCACCUAAACCAAUUAAUCUAACUAAUGGUUCACUAACUCUGGAUGCAAUAGGUUUAAAAAAUGGUGACACGUUAAUUGUAGAGGAAAAAGUAGAAUAUAUUCAAAAUAAGGAAAAUGAAUAUCCAAUAUCUAACGAUGAUAAAACUGCUCAUAUUUUAGAAGAACAAUUAACUUGCCCUGGUAUAUUAAUGAGAAAAGUUGUUCCUGCUGACAAUUCUUGCCUCUUUACAAGCAUUGGAUUUACAGUUACAGGAAAAGUUGACACCAUGUGUGGUAUGUACAUGAGAAAAAUUAUUGCCGAUUAUGUGGCUCAAGACACUGAAACAUAUUCAGAAGCCAUCUUGGGUAAAUCGCCGAAAGCAUAUUGUGAAUGGAUAAUGAAACCAGAUUCAUGGGGAGGAGCAAUAGAGUUAUCUAUUUUAUCAGGCCAUUAUGGUAUAGAAAUGGAUGUAGUCGAUACAGUGAAUGCUAUAAUUAAUCGAUUCGGAGAAGACAAAAAUUAUAAUCAAAGAAUUUUUUUAAUUUUCGAUGGAGUGCAUUAUGAUCCUCUGUACCUUGAACCAAGUUUGGUAAGUGAUAUACAAACCAUAUUUCCAAUGUCUGAUGAUAAUGUUUUUCAAGAAGCUAAAUUAUUGGCUCAACAAGCGAAAUCAUCUAGACAAUAUACUGAUGUUAAUAAGUUUUAUUUGAAAUGUUUAGAUUGUCAAAUAAUUAUGAAAGGACAAUUGGAGGCUCAAGACCAUGCCAAAACUUCGGGGCAUAUUAAUUUUGGAGAAGUAGCAAGUAUGUUUGAAACCUAA